UAGGAUUCAUGUCGUACUACGGUUCCCUCUGCUCUGCCCUGCCCCUGCCGCAGUAGUUGUCUGCGCCGACGCGAUUUCUUCGUCCCCUCGUAUUGUCCGGUUGGGUUCAAAUCGGUACUCAGGUGUUCAAAUACAGAUUCCCGGAUUUGAAAUAGUGGGGGAACACCUUCGCCUCCUUGAUUUGCUGCCUCGAUCCCACCAGGUAUCAUGGGCUUACUGGAGCUGAAGCGGCUCAUGGCCACGCAGCGGCACCGGCGCCAAAUCCAACCCCGUGAUGGAUCAAUUGCUUCGCGGGUUAAAAGAAAGGGCUCGCCCUGUGAACGAAACUCUGUUUUGGAUGAAUCUAUUGCUUCACGGGCUAAAAGAAAGGGCUCGCCAUGGCAGAAAGAUUUUAGUCUUCAGGGUGCUUCAUGGUAUGAAACGAAGGGCUUGCCCUGCGAACAAGGCUUUGUUGCAGAUGGUUCAGUUGUUUCGCUGGCCGAUAGAAAGAGCUCGUCCUGCCAACAAUGCGGUAGUUCUCAGAGUUGUGAAGUAUAUGUGUAUUCGGGGCCAAGCCUUCCAGAGGACAUCUGGCGUUAUAUACACUCCCUAAUGUCAAUGCGAGAUGCUGCAAGAGCUGCCUGCAUCUCGCGCGCAUUUCGUUGUUCCUGGAGAUAUCACCCUAACCUCGUUUUCAGUAAGAAAACAUUGGGCUUGAAUGGAAAGACAUGUGGAAAUGAUAAACCGGCAAGUGAUUACGCCAGUAUAGUGGACCGCAUUCUGAAAAAUCACUCAGGCACUGGUGUGAAGAAACUCAAGUUUUGGAACGCUCCCGAUUAUACUGAAGAGGACCGUUAUUAUCUUGACAGUUGGCUUGAGAUGGCUGUUAAACCAGGAAUUGAAGAAUUCACCUUCAGUCUAGAAUCUAAAAGUUACAGUUACAACUUCCCAUGCCCACUUAUAUCGGAUGGGAAUGGAGAGUUGAUUCGGGAUCUUCAACUUCACUUUUGUGUCUUUGUUCCCACGGUUGGGUUUGGUUGCUUCAGGAGCCUGACAAGCUUAGAUAUGUUUAAAGUGCGUAUUACAGGGAAUGACUUAGAGCGCAUACUUUCCAAUUCUUUUGCUUUGGAGCGGUUGCUACUCAGGUAUUGCAUUGGAUUACUGUAUGUGAAGAUGCCUUCUCUUCUUGAGCGGCUUAGCUACCUGAAGGUGCUUUCUUGCAGCAAGCUGCAAGUAAUAGAGAGCAGAGCUCCAAAUCUAUCCAGUUUUAUCUUUCAGGGUACCCAUCAGGCACAACUCUCACUUGGAGAAUCAUCGCAACUGAAGUACCUAUACAUCAGCUUUUUGGGUGCUGUUCAUUAUACUCGUGCUGAGCUUGCAUCCAGCAUGCCAUAUCUGGAAACUGCGUUCAUAUAUUCAAGCAGGGAGAUGGUCAACACACCAAUAGAAUCUAGCAGAUUUCUCCACCUCAAGCAUUUGAGUAUCACUAUCACAGAAGUGAACUCUUCUCCGAGCUACGAUUAUUUUUCUCUGGUUUCUUUCUUUCAUGCUUCGCCUUCCUUGGAGACUUUCUACUUGGAUGUACCGCAACAACACAAGAAACAUGUCACAGUUUUUGGAGAUUCCUCAGAGCUGCGGCAGUUGCCAAAACGCAACCAUGAGAAGCUCAGGGAAGUGAAGAUCCUUGGUUUCUCCCCUGUGAAGAGCUUGGUUGAGCUAACGUGUCAUAUUCUUGGCAGUGCAACAUCACUCGAGUGUCUUACAUUGGACACAAAAAGACAUGGUUUGCCUGGGUGUUCUGUCAACAAAGUUGGCAGAUGCACCUCCAUGGAAAGGGAUAUGAUCUCAGAAGCCCAGAGAGCACUCAGUGCUGUCCAAGUAUACAUCAAGCCAAAAGUUCCCUCCACAGUUAAGUUACAUGCUUUGGGACCUUGCAGUCGAUUCCAUGGUAUUGGGGUUACUCACGAAAGCAUGUGGGGCAUCAAGCCGAAAGUUCCCUCCACAGUUAAGUUGCAUGCUUUGGAACCUUGCAGUACUUACGAAGCCAUGUGGGCCAUGUUAUAUGGCCCCAACUUUCAUGCCAUGGCUGGGCUCAGUAAAGAAAACACCCUUGAAGCUCCACCUCGUCAAACCUAAUUGACAUGACCACGGGAGUACUUGGUUUCAGUUCUGACGAGUCGGGUGCUUUUCCUCUUAACUGGGCAUGGCUGCUGUUCUUAAAGGACAUGUCUAUCUAGAAAUCUGGAGCCUUGCACUGGUGUUCCGUUGGCAAACCUGGCAAAUACUUCUCAUGGACAUUGACAUUACACACUCUUGGAUGUACAAACAUAGUUACAUUUGAGCUGUGCAGUCGAUGCCCUGCUGUUGAACCGUAGAUCUCAGGUUACAUUGUAAUCAUUUAAUGCUUUGUUGUGGAACUUAGAUGGGUCGUGGCU